AUGUCUAAAUUAUCAGAUGAAGCAAACGAAUAUAAGUAAGUUUUCUUUGAAAUAAAAACUAGAAUUUCAAGUCAUAAGGUAAUUUUUUUUUUAGAUUAACUUUAUCGGAGUUGAACAAUAAUAAUAAAACACAAAUCAACUUAUUGACAAUUUUGGCUGAUGAUUAUAAGAAAUGUGCUGCACAAAUUGUUGAUAUAAUUGCAGCCGCCUUAAUGACGGUAAGUUAUUUUAAAUACUCGAUUUAAAAAAAAUUAAUUCGCAAAACAAUUUCAGGCAAAUCCCCAGAAGAAGCUAGUGAUUAUGUAUGUGACAGAUUCAAUUUUGAAGAAUGUUAAAGGCGUUUAUAUUGAUCUUUUCAACAAACAAAUCAUUCCAAUGUUCUUGAACGCAUUCCAAGCUGUAAGUUUAUUUAUUUAACAUAAUUUCUUUUCUAUAAAAAACGAUUAUGAAUUUCAGGGAGAUGAAAAGAUCAGAACGAAAUUGUAUAGUUUGAAAUUGACAUGGGGAAUCAGUAAAAUAUUUCUUCCAUCGAAGUUAUAUCAACUGGAUAUUGCUGUAAGUUUAUUAAUCUCGAUAAAAAUUAUUCAUCUACCAAUUGUAUGUUGUUAAGGUCAACAAAAUCGAUGCGGCUUGGCCUGUUGCAAAUCCGAAGACUGGAGAAGUUUUGAAAAAUGAUCCAAAUGUUCGAACUCGUCCACCGCCUUCAACUCCACCAACACCAUCAGGAACUGGAAAUGCGAAAGUUUUUGUAAAUCGCAAAUUCAUUCAAAAUGACGCCAAAGUCCAACCGAACACGGUAUAUCUUUGCUAUUUUUAUAAUCUUUUAAUAUCAAAAUAUUUUUAUAUAUCUUUUGUCUUUUCAAAUGCAUUUUUUCUAUCAGAAAGAAAUCGGUUGAGGGAAAGGGUUUUUGAGAUGAACGAGAAUCUGAAAAAAAUAUUCAUGAAGCAAAAUGCGUUGGUCUGGAGAAGAAAAAAAAUAUUUGGUUCAGACUUGAAUAUGAAAAGUUUGUGCGAGCUGAAUUUAUCGAAGAUUUUAUUCUGCGGAAAAUUGGAAUUCAUGAAAUAAUGCCAAGAGAAAUAUUUCUCCUGCACAGAAAAAACGUUGAGAAAACAAAAAAUACCUAAUUAUUUUAUCUGUGACAAAAUAAAAAAUAGAGCGUUCAGAAAAGAAGAUUUUUGCUUUGAACUCUCUUAUUUUGCUGAUGUAAUAAUAUUCUGUAUGUUUUGUUUUCUUAGCGUUUUUAUCUGUAAGAGAAAUAUUUUUGUUACAUUUUAUUAUGAAAUAUUAACCAUGUUGGCUCAUUCAAAAUUUUUUUUAAAUCAUUCCGAAAACUCUGAACUGAUUAUUCCUACAACAUUUUUUGAAAUUCACAAAAAUUCUCCCUGAUCAAUUUCAGAUUUUUCAGAUUGUGCCUCCUCGUAAAAUUGAAGAGAAAGCAAUGAAUAAUUCGAAAGUGAAAAAGGAAAAUGCAUCAAUGGAUCCACUUGAUAAAUUAUUGCCUUCUUCUCGCGGAUCAAUGCCUCCACCAGUUGGACCAGCACCAAAAAGAAAAUCAGAUAAUCUUCCCACUCCAAUUCCACCAAAAAGAAAAAUUGGAGAAGCUGAUGAAGAUCUUCGAAAUCGUGAUAUGGAUUUGAGAAAACAGAAAGCUACGGUUGCAAAGCCGACGCAAGUUGCUGGAUCACAUGCAUUUGCUGUAACUCCUUCAUUGCCUGUUCCGAUUAAACAAGAAAUUGCUCCACCAGUUGCUCCACAGCCUCCAGUUGUAAGUUAUUUUUAUUUAAGAAAAUAUAUUUGAAUUCCAAUUAUCUCUGUUUUUCCAGAUAAUCUCAAGUGAUGAAGUGAAAUUGGAUGUUCCACAAAACAAUCGUAUUUUCGUUGAUGGAAAAGCGUAUGAAGUGAUGUUUAUUGAUGAUAUUGCUGUAAUCGAACGAGCUGGCGCACCACAUCGUAUUUUCUUUGCUGGUGAACCACGUCAUAUUGUUAUUGAUGGUGUUAUGCAUCCGAUAAGAUUUGGUGAAACUAAAAAGAUUGAUAUUGAUGGGACAAUUCAUAAUAUCAAAUUUGGAGCUCCAGGAAGAGAAUUGUAUUUGGGAUCUCAUCCAUUUAAAGCGCAAUUCGGUGGAACAGGUAUUGUUGCAACAAUCAAUGGAAUUAGGCAUGAAAUUCGAUUAACUGGAUCAGCACCUGAAGUUCGAAUUGAUCCUGAUCCAGCUUAUCAUUUGGCAAGAUUUAUGUUGAAAAUGAAAGAGCAAAAGACGAUUGAAAUCAAGGCUCCAAAACCAAAACCAAUUGAAGAUCCAUUCAAUUUGUUGAAGAAAUUGCAACGAAGCGGAUAUUUGAAACCAUCACAACCAAUUGAACCACCAAGGCCAAGAUUUACACCAAUUUCUACUGCACCAAUUGUUAGUCCAACUACAAUUGCGACAAUUGAGAAGGAGCGAAAAGCUGUUGCACCAUCUUUGAAGGAGUUUAGAGAAAGAGAUUUCAAAAUGUAAGUUUCAAGGGUAUAUAAAAUUGAAUAUUCAGCUUCUCCUUUCAAAAAAUUCCUCUAAUUACCCCAUUUUUUCCAGCCGAUACGAUAAUGUCAUCAAAAAUCUCUUGAAAAAACGCGAAAAUUCUUGUCAAUAUUGCGGAAUGCGAAUGGACGGAAUUUCGGUUCGAAGUAAAGCAUGGACAGAUCACAUGGAUUGGCAUGUUAAACUAAAUCUGGCCAAACAAGACACAUCAAAACAUCGAUUAUGGUAUCCAACGCCACAAAAUUGGCCACUUCCAAAAUCUGCACGAAUCGAGGCUGAACAACAAAGUUCGACGAAUGAAAAUGAAUCGGAAGAGGAGAAACCGUCGACUGUUGCUGGAGUUGUUUCCGAGGGACAGAAAGUAAGUUUUGAUUUAUUUUUUGAUUAAGAACAAUAGAUAAUUGUUGUGUUUAGGAUUGUGCGAUUUGUCAUGAAAAAUUCGAAGAGUAUUACGAUCAUGAUGAGGAAACCUGGAGAUUGAAGAAUACUGUGAUAAUUAAUGGAAAGGUUGGUUUUUGAUAGUUUUAAGGGUGAAAAUGAAUUCUAAAAAUUUCUGAAAUUCUGUUUUUCUGAAUUUUCAAAUUGGAAUGUUUUAAACUAAAAACUGAACUGAAAAAGUUUUGUUAUAUAUUCAAAAUAUUUCCAAAUAAAUUAUCUUCCCAAUUUUCAACAAAAAUUCAAUAUUGAAUUUCAGGUUGUCCACGUGACAUGUUCAUCCGAUGCCUCAUUAAUGGAAACACCAACUCCAACAUCAGCCCCAACUUCUAUGGAUUUUCCAAUCUCAAAAAUGGAUAUUAAGUCUGAAAUGUUGUUAGAAGAUGAUUCAUCAACAGAAGUUAAACCUAUUGUUGAACAAAAAUCUAUUUAUAGUAUUUGA